AUGCCGGACAGGUGUGUCGUUUAUGGGUGCUCCAAUGAAAAUUCUAAGGUAAAGGGCAUCUCAUUACAUAGAAUUCCAUAUUGGCAGGAUGAAAAUCCAGCAGCUUGUCGCCGAAGAAAGCUGUGGGUCAACUUUAUUAGGACCAAAAGAGCGAAUUUUCAGCCAUCAAAGUAUUCUUCCGUAUGCUCCGUUCACUUUAAGCCGGAAGACUUUGAAAGGCAGAAUUUUGCAAUUCAAGGUUUUACUAGCAAUUUAAAAAGGAGCCUUGUUAGAGAUGAUUUAGGGGUAAGUGCGGUUCCUUCGAUAUUCGCGACAAGCAUGGAAGUGGAGACGGGCGAAACAGACGGAGAUCAGGAUGGGCCUAGCACUUCGGCACCAGCCAAAGGAGGAAAGAGUGCUGCAAAUAAAGGAGUCAAGAGGCCAAGGACCUCACGCCAGCAUCGAAUGUUCAUUAGAAAUGCAAUGAAAGAAACCCACAAGGAACAAGAAGAGGACUUUGAUGGUGAUGACGAGGACGAUGAUACACAAGAUGAAGACUACAUAGAAAAUGAUAGUCAAAUAUAUCUAGCACAGGAUGAAAAUAGCACCAAGAUGGAGGAUUUUGCAAGUCAGACACCUGGUUGUCUAAAUUGUAAAUGGCUUUUGAGCAGACACCGUAGAACACGCAACAUGUGGAUAGCAAAGAAGUCUGAAGUUCUUAAACUUAAGGAAGAAAUUAAGGCUAAAAAUGAAAUAUUAUCAAAGUUGGAGUGGUCAGAAAUGCAGGCAGAUCUUAAUGCGUCUUUUGCCAAUGUAGAGUCACCAGUAGAUGAAGCUGAAUCAAUGGACAAUAUCUCUGAAUCAGAGGACUAUUUUGACAUUGAGGAAGAAACAGAGUUGCAAGCAGUUGGAAGUGAUGAUGACAUAAGUGAGGAGAAAUCUGAUCAUAAAAAAGAACCCAAAUUUAUUGUCUUCUUGUCGCAGCUUCUUCUUCUGUUCAGAUUCUGCUCUCUGUGCAAAUCAGAUGACCCAAAAAUUACCAUGCGGAGAGUUGGAACCAUGAUUGAGGUCAAGACUGUUUGUCAGAAUGAAGACUGUAUAAGAAAUGAAAACAAAUGGCAAAGUCAACCCCUUUUUCCUGGCACAAAGAUUCCUGCUGCAAACCUCCUUUUGUCCUUUGCAAUACUUGUUGGUGGUAGUUCAGCUACUAAGGUUUCACACAUCUUUAAUCAUAUGGGUCUUGCUUGCAUCUCAUUAUCAACAUUUUUCAAACAUCAAAAGGAAAAGCUUUUCCCAGCUGUCUACCAAUACUGGAUAAAUACCCAAAAUAGAAUGAUUUCAUCAUUAACAGAAUCUGGAGAACAACUGGUGGUUUCUGGGGAUGGGAGGCAUGACAGUAUGGGCCAUAGUGCCAAGUUUGGAGCUUACAGCCUAUUCUGCUGCAAUACAUCACAAAUCAUACACUUUUCUCUUGUUCAGCGCAAUGAGAUUGGAAGUAGUACUGCCAUGGAGUUUGAGGGUUUCAAGCGCAGCUUACAGUUUCUGGAGAACAAUGGACUUAAUGUGACAACAUUCAUCUCUGACAGACACUUGUCCAUCGCUAAAUACUUCAGAGAGGAGCGAAAAGAUGUAUUGCACUAUUUUGAUCUUUGGCAUUUGAAGAAAAAAAUUCGAAAGAUUCUUCUGAGCAUUUCAAAUACCAAAGAUUGUGGAGACUUGUCUGAAUGGAUCAAGGCUUGUGAAAGGCAUUUGUACUGGAGUGCCACAUCAACACCUGAUGGCAAUGGAGAUAUUAUCUGGGCAAAAUUUGUUUCCUUCCUUUGGCACAUUUUGGAUGAGCAUACUGGUUUUGAAGAUCCACUUUUUGACCACUGCGCACACGGAGAAGACAUUGAAGAAAGAAAAUGGCUAGAAAAAGAUACAACUGUAUACGAAAAGCUGAGGCAGGCCUUGACCAAGAAGAGCCUUCAAAAUGGGAUCAAACAGGCAUCUCCACUUUCCCAGACCAGUGCAUUAGAAGGUUUCCACUCUGUAUUGAACCAUUUUGCUCCGAAAAUGAUUGCUUUCAGUUAUACAGGAAUGUUGAUUAGACAUAUUUUGGCAAUUGUUCACUUCAAUUUAAACUUGCACCGUGAUGUACAAACAACACAGGAUGGAUCUGGUACACCCCAAGUUAAGGUCACCUACCCAAAAUUCAAGAACGGAGAAGCAACUGUCAAGGAAGUCAAAGUAAAACAGAGAUUUGAUUACGUUCCUGAUAUCUAUGAGACAUUGGUGGAUGCCAUAGCUGCUAACAACCUGAAUGCUACAGUUGAACAUUUAAAUAAACUCGCUCCUUGUCCAAUGUCUUCAGCAAUAGAAAAGGAAGAUAGGUUUGCUGCCAUUGAAAAGCAUUUUGCCCGUAAAUCAGCAGUUACUGUUCCAGUUCCUCCAUCAACAUCAGUUGAUGAAGUAGUGAGCAGGAAACAACAGCAAAAUCGACGUGCACCCCCUCAAUGUUCUAUCUGUCAUAACUCAAUGAAAGGUCACAAAAACAUUUUGACAUGCCCGAAAAACCAAUAAAUAAAUCCCUUAGCUGAG